AUGCCCGCUGCUGUCUAUGAGGGCGUUCUGCGGGAGGCGCGGCAGUGGUUCGGCCUGCCGGAUUCGUCCAAGCGUGCCAUCCAGCUGCGGGGCGCAGCCACGAGCUACCGCGGCUACCAGCCUCUGGGUGCCAACGUGACGCGGCUGCCUGGCGGCGGGUUCACACGAGACUGGCACGAGGCCAUCGAUCUGUUCAAAGAGGAGGACCCCGCUGAGGUUCAGGCGCGGGGCCUGCCCCCGAGCCCCAUCCAUGGCCCCAACCUUUGGCCCUCCCAGUCGCCGGCUUUCGAGGCCGCCCUCAGAUCAUACAUCAACGGCUGCCUAACCUUGGGCUCUGCGCUGCUCCGAGGCAUCGCCCUCGGCCUCGGACUGCCAGAAAGCGCGUUCGGCGGUGGACUGGCGGCGCCGGAGCGGUCCUACUGGGUGGCCAGGGUGAUCCACUACCCGCCCCUGGUGCAGGGCAGCGCGCAGCCAGGCGGCGGGCGGCUGCAGGAGGGUGCGGCAGCGGCGGCGGCGGGUGCUGACAUCAGCCGCGACGUGCAGCUGAGCUGCGGCGAGCACACCGACUAUGGGCUGUUGACCCUGGUCAACCAGGAGGGCCACGUCAGCGCGCUGCAGGUGAAGAACGCGGCUGGCGAGUGGGUGGACGCCGCACCCAUCCCCGGGACCUUUGUCUGCAACAUCGGCGACAUGUUCCAGACGCUCACCAAUGGCCUCUACACCCCCACCCUGCACCGCGUCCUCAACACCGACCCCGCGCGCUCGCGCGUCUCGAUACCGUUCUUCUACGAGCCGGCCUUCGAGGCCACCAUAGCGCCGCUGCCCCAGCUCGUGGCCGCCGCAGCGAGCGGUGCAGCGGCCGGCGGCGCAGGGCCGGCCGCCCGGUUCCCGUCGGUGCGCUACGGCAGCCACCUCGAGUCCAAGGUGCUGUCAAACUUUGAGCUGUAA